GCCGCCCUGACCAAAGACUGCUAUUUCGGGAAGGAAGAGACCUCAGUAUACACAGGAUGAUUGGAAGAGUACUGAACCAGAGGUCUUCGGCUGCUCUGUUGCGCUCUCUUCAGGCGUGUGGGAAAGGGAGAGUGUCUACGUUCAGACCCCGUCCAUGGACGGUGUCACCAAGGGCGUUCUCUACGACGCCAUUGACGACGUUUAAACACUCGAGCAGUGUGUUUGAGGAUAAGAAGGACAAGAGAGAUGACGAUAAGGCGGAUGAGAACAAGGCGGGGCAAGAGAAGAAGGGCAAAAAGGGUGACAAGAAGGAUGAUAAGGACCCGUUUAAGGACAUGUCACUGUCAGACUACUUCAAGUCGAAGGAGUUCCUGCGCUCGGUGUACAUGACGCUUGGUUUCACGCUGUUCUUCUACUUCCUGUCGCCAAACGAGGCCAACAACCAGAAUGUGCUGACAUUCCAAGAGUUCAAGUCGAAAUACCUCGAGAGAGGGUUGGUUUCGAAGAUGUAUGUUAUCAACAAGUAUGUCGUUGAGGCGGAGUUGAGGCCUGAAGCUGCCUCCCAGAUCCCUAACGGCGGACUGUUUGGAGGAAAGCCAAUCGUUGCCUUCACUAUCGGCUCUGUUGAUGUCUUUGAAGAGCAGAUUGACGAGAUUCAAGACCGUUUGAAGAUCCCUUCAAGUGAAAGAAUCCCAGUUAUGUUUGUCGAAAGACGCUCAAUUUUCAGUUUGUUGGCUCCAUUCUUGCCUACGAUGCUCUUGCUAGGUGGAUUGUUCUAUAUGACUAAGAAGAUGCAAGGUGGUGCCGGUGGAGGUGGCGGAAUGUCCAACAUCUUCAACGUGGGUAAGAGUAAAGCCAAACUGUUCAACCAAGAGACAGAUAUUAAAGUCAAGUUCAAAGACGUUGCCGGUUGUGAUGAGGCCAAGGAGGAGAUUAUGGAAUUUGUUGAAUUCUUGAAACGUCCUGAAAAGUAUGAAAGAUUGGGUGCAAAGAUUCCAAGAGGUGCCAUUUUAUCUGGACCACCAGGUACCGGUAAGACCUUGUUGGCGAAGGCCACGGCUGGUGAAGCCGGUGUCCCUUUCCUCUCGGUUUCUGGUUCUGAGUUUGUUGAGAUGUUUGUCGGUGUCGGUGCCUCUCGUGUUCGUGACUUAUUCAAAACUGCUAGAAAAAUGGCUCCAGCAAUCAUCUUUGUCGAUGAAAUCGAUGCCAUUGGUAAAGAAAGAGGUAAAAGUAACAUGAGUGGUGGUAACGAUGAAAGAGAGGCCACUUUGAACCAACUGCUCGUUGAAAUGGAUGGUUUUGAGUCUUCCGAUCACAUUGUCGUCUUAGCUGGUACAAAUAGACCAGAUGUCUUGGAUCCUGCUUUGAUGAGACCUGGUAGAUUUGAUAGACACAUCUCUAUAGAUAGACCAGACAUUGAAGGAAGAAAGGCAAUCUAUAAAGUCCAUUUGCACAAGUUGAAAUUGAAGAUUAACGAAAACGGUAUCGCUAAAGAGGCAAAUGAAGAAUUGGCUGGUAGAUUGGCUGCUCUCACUCCAGGAUUUUCAGGUGCUGAUAUUGCCAAUGCUUGUAACGAAGCUGCCCUUACUGCUGCAAGACUAGGCGAUGAAUUUGUUGAGUUGAAACAUUUCGAACAGGCUAUUGAACGUGUCAUUGCUGGUUUGGAGAAGAAGUCAAAAGUAUUGUCUCCUGAUGAGAAGAGAAUUGUUGCUUAUCAUGAAGCUGGUCAUGCUAUCUGUGGUUGGUAUUUGAGAUGGGCAGACCCACUAUUAAAGGUUUCUAUCAUUCCAAGAGGUCAAGGUGCGCUUGGUUAUGCCCAAUACUUGCCUCCAGAUCAAUACUUGCUCAGCGUUGAUCAGUUUAUGGAUAGAAUGACAAUGGCACUGGGUGGUCGUGUUUCUGAAGAGAUUCAUUUCAAGUCAGUCACAUCCGGUGCACAUGAUGACUUCAAGAAAGUUACAAACAUUGCCGAGUCCAUGGUUACCACCUUGGGUAUGUCUAAGAAGAUUGGCUAUAUCUCCUACGAUACGGAUGGUCAAGGUGGGUUCCAGAUUCAAAAGCCAUAUAGUGAAAAAACCUCAAGAACAAUUGAUCUGGAGAAGAGACGUAUAAUCGAUGAGUGCUACGACAGAUGUAAGCAACUUCUCAUUGAAAAGAGCGAUGAUGUCGAGAAAGUUGCACAACUCUUACUGAAGAAAGAGGUGCUUACUAGAGACGAUAUGAUUUCACUUUUGGGUCCAAGACAAUGGUCUGAGAACGCUGAAUUUGAAAAGUACUUGAAUAACGGCUUAAAGAGUGAUGGAUCCGGUGCUGAAGACGUUGCACCUGCUUGAGAUCUCAGAACAGUUGGCUGUUGUAUCUUUUUUUCUGUACAUAGAGAGAAUAAUUAGAAAACUUAUGCAU